AAACGAGUAACCUUUGACCCUCCCCAAACAAUGAUUUAUUCAGGAGCUGUUUGCAAGGAGAGUUGCUGGUAAGAUUUCUGUGCGAAGAUGCUCGCAGAUAAAGUCUCCAGUACUUAUUUCAGGAGGACCAGCUUCUUCUGGGUAACCUUCGUCAUUGGAUCCUUGGGGUAUUACACUUUGCUGAUGUUUUGGCCGCAGAGUGUGCCUUACAAGAGUCUGGGACCCUUGGGCAACUUCUCCAAGUAUUUGGUGGACAACUAUUACUCCCACUUGUACGUUGGGUACUGGUUGGCCUGGGGUCUCCAUCUUGCUGAAGCACUGUACAGCAUCAAAAUCUGCAGUGACAAGGGGAUUACAAAUGUAAAUGUCCAGUUCAAGUGGGCAUUUCAGACUUUUUUAUUUGGCAUGCCCUCACUCUGGCAUCUGUGGUCCUAUGAACCAGAGCAGAAGGACAAGUGAAAACUCAACAGAAACACCUUCCGCAUUUUUAAAGAGAUGGUGCAGUUUCAGCAUCAUGGGAUAGAAGAUCCUCCUAUUAAGGGACUGUUAGCAAAAUCUUGGAAAGUUUGGUUUUGAAACAGUGAUGGUUGACUGUGUGAUGUCAACAGCAGGAUUAUGGAAACAACCCAACAUUCACUAUUUUUCAGUAAUGUAUGGCUGGUAAUCAAGUCAAUCUUUUUAAAAAUUGCCAUUGCAAAAUUUUUAGUGUCUUGUAACCUGAUCAUUGCAUUUAAUAAAAUAGUUCAUGUUACUGUUUUUGCUAUACAAGAAGCCUGGCAGACUGACUUGCAUUCUAGAUGGGUUACAUAUGUAAACCUUUUUUCUACUUCUUAAAAAAAAAUCUUACACACAACUAAUUUUUAUUUUUCAAUCACCAAAUCUCCCAUGGCUAUCUGCAAAAUCUUCUCAUAGAUCACUUUGCUGCUUCCACAGCACCUGUGCCAUCACCCCUUCACCGUCUGCACCACACCCACCAAUGUCAGAGUCCCCACUCUUCAGGUGCCAACUCUUCGUCACUGGGCCUACCUUGCUGAUGGGUCACUCAUGGUUUUCAGAUGAUUAGGCAGAUAGUCACCCAUUUAAAAUAAUGGUCUGCUGCUGGUGUGACAAUAGCAACAGGAACCCAGUCAGACUAUUUGAUUAGGGGAUGGAUUAAGUGAAGAGAAGCAAUGAUGUUGUGAUAAUAUAUCGAUGUGGUUAACUCUUAAUCACCUAGAAGGGUGGACAGUGGCAUAGUUUGGCCAGUGAUGCUCAUUCAUGAGAGAUGAACAAUGAAAAACAGCACAACCUCUCUAAUUUCCUGCUGAACACCUCUUCAUACCCCUUCCUUCUUUGUAAACUGUAUUUGUGCCUGUUUGUUAUUGUGUGUUUAUUUUUGUGGUGGUAGUAGUAGGUAAUAAAACUGCC